AUAAACUAGUCAUUUCCCCUUCCCGCGCCCCAAUUCUGGCCUCGUCGCCGCCGACUCGGACCCCCAAAGCCCCAAAUCCCACACCCCAGGCAGCAAACAGCGGCGCUUGGCGGCCGGCGGCCUGCGAGAGUAAUCCGAGAUGUGCGGCAGGGCCAGGUGUACCCUCAGCGCGGCCCAGGCAGCCAGGGCCUUUGGCUUCCCGACCACCACCUCCGCCGGCGGCGGCGGCGGCGACGGAGGAGGAGACGCCCCCGCCGUACGGACGCUCCAGAUGGACCGGUUCCGGCCGUCGUACAACGUGACACCGGGGGCGUACCUGCCGGUGGGGACCCUGCGAGCGCGGGCGGCGGGCGGCGAAGGAGGUGCGGAGGAGCAAGGGCCGGUUAUCCAGUGCAUGAAGUGGGGGCUCGUCCCCAGCUUCUCAAGCAAGACCGACAAGCCCGACCAUUUCAGGAUGUUCAAUGCCAGGUCAGAAUCUGUAAAGGAAAAGGCUUCGUUUAGGCGACUUAUCCCGAAGAAUAGAUGUCUUGUUGCAGUAGAAGGGUUCUAUGAGUGGAAAAAGGAUGGAUCCAGAAAGCAACCAUAUUACAUUCAUUUCCGAGAUGAGAGGCCUCUUGUGUUUGCUGCCCUCUUUGACACUUGGACAAAUUCAGAAGGAGAGACCCUCCAUACAUUUACUAUUUUGACUACCCAUGUUUCAACUUCUUUGAAAUGGCUUCAUGAUAGAAUGCCGGUAAUCUUGGGCGAUGAAGACUCUGUUAAUGCUUGGUUGAACAAUAGCUCCGUGAAGCUGGAAGAAAUAACUGUACCCUAUGAAGGAACUGAUUUAGUUUGGUAUCCAGUGACAACUGCAAUGGGCAAAACAUCAUUUCAGGGUCCUGACUGCAUCAAAGAGGUGAAAAUAGGACCCAGUGAAAAGCCAAUUUCAAAUUUCUUCACCAAGAAAGCAGCCGGGCCAGUGAAGUCAGAGAAGGCAUCAGGAGAGUUUGCAGAAACACAAGCUUUCAAGACGGCGAAAGAGGAGAGCGAUGAUGAUUCAGGAGAAAAUCCAUCAAACAAAACAGAGAAAAUCCAUCAAACAAGUACAGUAGUUAAGGAUGAACCUGUUACUUUGGAUCCACAAGUUUUCUAUAAAGCUGAUGAAGGUAUUAAGAAAGAAGACGGGAUGCUGCCAGACGAUCCAGUCGAGGAGCGAGAUCCUUUCAGCAUCAAGAGGAAGAUAGAGGAUGCUGGAGUCGAGGCGGAGAUGGAGAUGGAGAAGAGCGGGAGAUCGCCGGUCAUCCCUGCGAGGAAAAAGGAGAAGGGCCCGAAGGAUGGGCAAGCGUCGCUGUUUUCCUACUUUGCAAAGAAGUAGAGUAGCUUCUCAGGUAGUCUAGCUUCCUGCACUUGUGCUAUGUAUCAGCUGUUAAGCAGUUACUAGUAGUAACAGAACCUUAUCUAGUGUA